AUGUCUCCCAGUCUAGAAGGGAUCAUGUUCAAUAGGAACGCGAACCUGUCAGCGCGACGGCCUUUACUUGCUGAACCCCAAAAGCCAGUGGUAAUCCCACCACGGGCGCCGCCUCGUGACUAUGGUCCGAAUCGACCUUUGCCAGCACCUCGAAAUUUACCAGCGAACUGCCAGUACGAAUGUAAACCAGAUCGUUGGAAGCCAUCGAACGUCGAAAUCGAAAAACGUUUGCAGGAGACGAGAGCUCGGGAGAAGGUCGGUUACUUUGAAGACAAAGUGGCCGUACCAGAGUUAAAUUUGGACCGUAGGGAAGCGGAAUUAGUGUUUAGAUUCGACCCUCACGCGUCCGCUGAAUAUUUAUCGAGUCAGUAUCAAGCUCCUACCGUGCAGUAUGCAAAGCCCCCGACGCCGGCAAACGGGUUUGCUAACCGUCUACCGGAGAGAGACGGCCCUUUUGUGUUCGGAGUCCAUAGCCCUAGCCAGUUUCCUAUCCCGCGUCGGGAUGACGACGACUAUGAUUAUUCGGAAGUGGCGGAGGAAAACGGCCGGCCUGUGAUACGAGAUGACGAGUCUGCGGACUUGAAUUGUUGUGAUAAAGUGAAUGAGUGGGCAGUACGGGAUAAGAAAAGCAGAAGAACCUUAAAUCGAAUGUUUCAAAUCAAAGAUAGACGGAAAGUGAAAGGUGGGAAGAAAGAGAAGAUAAAGUGUGUGUUAGUUGGUGAUGGAGCUGUUGGAAAGAGUUCUCUAAUAGCUGCAUACGCGCAGGACACGUUCCGGGAAGAGUAUCAACCCACUGCAUACGACACUUUCAAUGUUGUGGUGGAUGUUGAUGAUCGGCCGGUCUGCGUUGAAAUCUGUGAUACAGCGGGUCAGGACUCCAUGUCUGAACUCCGCGAGCUAUGCUACCCUGGUACAGACGUGCUGAUGCUGUGCUUCUCCGUAGUGCGACCAGAGACGUUCAGAUCGGUUGCGGAGAGGUGGACGCGUGCCGUCGCAAGUGUGAACGCGCCCUUAGUACUAGUAGGCACGCAGAGCGACUUGGCACUUGAUGGACGAGUUAUACAGACGUUAAGGGCCCGUGGAGAACAUGCUGUUACAGAAAUGGAAGCUCGGACGUUAGCAGCAAAAAUUAAUGCUGUGUAUGUGGAAACCUCGGCAAAAACAAGGAAACAGUUAAAAGACGCAUUUGAUGCCGCCAUUUUAGCAGGGUUGCCAGUUAUACAAAGUAAACGACCUCUCUGGAAAAAGUUAUUAUGCUUAAAU